AUGGAGGGUUUGAUUCUUAUUUCUUGGCUAGCUUUCGGGGUUCUUUGCAUCUUCUUGUUUCUGUUGAAUUGGAAUUACAUAAGAUAUUCGAAAAAAGGGUUGCCUCCUGGCACCAUGGGGUGGCCAUUUUUUGGUGAGACUCUAAAGUUCUUAGAGCUAGGACCAGAGUUCAUGAAAAGGCAAAGAACAAGGUAUGGAAACCUUUUCAAAUCCCAUAUAUUAGGAUGCCCUACCGUUGUCUGCAUGGAUCCGGAGCUCAACAGGUAUAUUCUUUUGAAUGAAGCAAAAGGGCUUGUGCCAGGAUAUCCACAAUCCUCACUGGACAUAUUGGGGAAGCAUAACAUUGCUGCUGUGAGUGGAUUCGCUCACAAGCAAAUUAGAGGGUCAGCCAUGCUUCUUAUAGGCCCUUCAACAGUGAAAGAACAGCUACUACCUAAGAUUGACAAAUACAUGAGACUAUUCCUCCAAAAUUGGGAUGGAAAAGCCAUUGAUAUUCAAGAAAAGUCCCAAGAGAUGGCAUUCUUCCUAUCCUUCAAUCAGAUUUUCGAGGAUGAAUCAAGUGUAAUUUAUGAAGCUUUCAAGGCAGAAUUUGACAAGUUUGUGGUAGGAACAAUUUCUCUUCCUAUCAACCUUCCGGGAACAAACUACUAUAAAGGGCUUCAGGCAAGGAAAAAUAUUAUUAAGCUUUUAACAGAAGUAAUAAAAAGUAGACGAGCAGCUUCCUCCACAUUUCAUCACGAUGACAUGCUAAAUUCUCUGUUAGCAAACGAAGACUCGAGCUAUAAGCUUAAUGAUGAGGAGAUAUAUGAUCAAAUAAUGACGAUUCUGAAUUCUGGAUAUGAAACUCUGUCAACUACAUCCAUGAUGGCUGUCAAAUAUCUCCAUGAACAUCCCAAGGCUUUGGAGGAAAUCAGGGAGGAGCAUUUCAUGGUUCGUCACAACAAGUCGCUUGAACAACCAAUUGACUGGAAUGACUAUAAAUCGAUGAGGUUUACUCGUGCGGUCAUCUUUGAAACCCUGAGAUUGGCUACCGUUGUCAAUGGUGUUUUGAGGAAGGCCACCAAAGAUAUGGAGUUAAAUGGAUUUCUCAUUCCAAAAGGAUGGAAAAUUUACGUCUUUACAAGGGAAAUCAACUACGACCCAUACCUUUAUCCGGAGCCAUUCAAAUUUAAUCCAUGGAGAUGGUUGCAGGAUACGAGCUUGGAAUCCCAUAGUUAUUUCUUCUUGUUCGGUGGAGGAAGUAGGCUUUGCCCUGGUAAAGAACUAGGGAUAGUCACAAUUUCGGUGUUCCUUCACUAUUUUGUGACCCGGUACAGGUGGGAAGAAAUAGGAGAAAAUAAGAUUCGAUAUUUCCCAAGAGUUGAAGCACCAGAAGGGUUGCACAUGAGGGUUAUGAAGUACCAAUAA